AUGGCCUACAACCUCCGCUCCAGCUGCAAAAUGGACGGUAAGGAAGAGGAAUCUACUGCACCACCGUGGCUGACCAAGGUUCUGGAGGGACUUCAACAGCAGCAGCUCCUUCAGCUGCAGCAUCUUCAGGAACAGCAGCAACAUCAGCGAGAGGAAACUCAAACGUUGGAGACAGUCAUCGACAUCUGCCGAGCUGAGGAAGCUGCUCAAGCAAACGACAAGAUGCUUCAAGACGUCAUGAGCAGGAGCUCCAGUGUCUUCAGCAUCUCUCGUCAACGUGACCAGAGUCAGCGCAACCCCUCGCGUGACCGUGGAGAGUCAGCAUGCGGACGCUGCGGCAACACCAGCCACCUGAGAGGAACAUGUCCUGCAGCUAACCAGACCUGCUUCUUCUGUGGCAUCACCGGACAUUUUGCCACAGUAUGCCGCAAGAAGCGCUCAACCCAACAGCAGCAGCCCGACACGGACACAUCGUCAAGAUCACGCAGCAGACAACGCCACCGGACCGAGCAAGUAGAUGUCACUCCGGUGUUCGUCAGCAGCAUUCAUCGGGAUCUGAAGGCGCCGAAGAUCUCCGUCAAGAUUGAAGAUCUCCGAGGCACACUCCUCGGCUGCACCGAGGCCACACCUGACUCGGGAGCUGAAAUCACAGUAAUGAGCGCAGAUACCGCGCGCAAGCUCGGCAUGGAAGAUGUGGCCCUCGACAGGCCGCCCUGCAUCAACGUCACUGCAGCCAACGGACAGUCUAUGGAAUGCAUCGGCACCUUCAAGGCCAUCAUCCAUCUCAACGGGAGGGCAGCUGAUGACACCGUCCACGUCUUCAAGGAAUCGCGAGGCCUUCUCCUCGCGUGGUACACGGCUAAGAAGCUUGGCAUCCUCCCGGACCACUAUCCAGAGCCGGCUCCUCGUCAGCUCCAACAAGUGAACACCAGGUCGGCGAUCGAGAAGCACGACGCUCAGCCAGUAUCAAUACUGAAGAACAAGAGCGUGCUCCUGCAGUCACAACAGCAGCGGAUGCAGCAGCAGCAGUCACAGCAGCAGCAGCAACCACAGAAGCAGCAGCUACAGCAGCUCCGAAGUGAUCUCCUCACCGAGUUUGCUGACGUCUUCACAUCGAAAGACAACAGCGUGCCGCUGAAGCCGAUGACCGGCCCUCCAAUGGCCAUCCACAUCACCGAAGACGCCAAGCCCUUCGCAGUACGCGCAUCUCGCCCGGUGCCGCACGCAUGGCGGGACAACGUCAAGAAGCAGCUGGAUGACAUGGUUCGCCAAGGAAUCAUCACGCCACUGGGCGACGAGCCAUCGGACUGGUGCCACCCUCUGGUUCUGGUCUCCAAAGCGGAUGGUGGGGUCAGGAUCUGCGUUGACCUCACCAAACUCAACAAACACGUGAAGAGACCUCUGCACCCACUCUCAACUCCAAGAGAAGCAGUCUCCAACAUCAGUGUGAACGCAAAGAUCUUCUCCACCCUAGAUGCUAAAUCAGGUUACUGGCAGCUACCUCUCCAAGAAAGCAGUCAGCACCUCACGACGUUUAUCACACCGUGGGGACGCUUCCGGUUCCUGCGAGCUCCCAUGGGUCUAGUCUCAACAGGAGACGAGUACGGCCGACGCGGAGGCUUGGCGCUUCAAGGUCUCAACAAUGUCGUCAAGGUGGUGGACGACAUCCUGGUGCACGACGAGACGCUAGAAGACCACGCACAGCAUCUCCGGGCCGUGCUCACUCGGUGUCGUCAACAUGGUAUCACCAUCAGCGAGAAGAAGUUCUGCUGUGCACAAGAUGAAGUCGCCUACUGCGGCUUCAACCUGUCAUCUGCCGGGAGACAGGUGGACCCGGGCAAGAUCACGGCCAUCACGGACUUCGCUACGCCAACAAACAUCACCGAGCUCCGGUCGUUCAUGGGCCUCGCCCAGCAGUUCAGCGACUUCUCGUCUGAGAUAUCAUCUGCCGCUGACGCACUCAGAGGUCUGCUGAAGCCCAGCAACGCGUUCGUGUGGACUGCAGACCACCAGGAGGCCUUCAACAAGGUCAAGACUGCACUGUCAUCACCGCCAGUGUUGGCACACUACGACCCACAGCUUACAACGGUUCUUCAGACUGAUGCUGCUCGACUGAAAGGACUCGGGUACGCCCUACUUCAGCAGCAUGGCGAACACUGGCGCCUCGUCCAGUGCGGAUCACGAUUCCUCUCCGAUGCAGAAUCUCGAUACGCCAUGGUGGAGCUAGAACUGCUGGCUGUGGUGUGGGCCCUAAGGAAGUGCCGGAUCUUUCUUCAGGGUCUGCAGCACUUCAAAGUCAUCACCGAUCAUCGACCUCUCAUUCCGAUCCUGAACGACUACACUCUGGACGCCGUCGAGAACCCGCGCCUUCAACGUCUGAAGGAGAAGACAGGCCUGUACAACUUCACUGCCAUCUGGCAGAAGGGAAAGGAGCACGUCAUUCCAGAUGCACUGUCCCGUGCCCCCGUCGAAGAACCGACUUCAGAAGACAGCCAACUCACACAGGCCGUUGAGUGUCACGUCUGUCAGACAGCCAGCAUCACCAUCAGCGAGGUGUCUUCUCAGGAGAAGCCGUCACAUCUCUCGGAUCCACGGCUGGAGGAUCUGAGAAAAGCAGCUCAAGAGGACACUGUCUACCAGCAGCUUCUAUCUGCAGUCACCAACGGCUUCCCCUCAUCCAAAGAACAGCUUCCGUAUCAUUUACUUCCAUACUGGAGUGUGCGACAUGAGCUUUCCUCUCAAGAUGAUCUGAUCCUGAAAGGGCGUCGAAUCCUGAUUCCAUUCUCAUCCCGAAAGGACACCAUGAGAGCCCUCCACGAUGCUCACCAAGGAAUUGAGCGAACAAAACGACGAGCUCGCCAAACAGUCUGGUGGCCCGGCCUGAACAGCGACAUCAUCAACGUGGUCGGCAACUGCACCACCUGUCAAGAGCAUCGGUCCAGCCUACCUCAGGAACCGAUGGCUGUCGACCCGCCACCAACGAGGAUCUUCGAAGACGUCUCUUCAGACCUCUUCUCCUAUGCAGGAAGGUGCUACUUCGUCUACGUGGACAGAUUAUCCGGCUGGCCAGUCGUUCACCAGCUUCCACGAGGCGACACAACGAGCCACCAGAUCAUCAAGGCACUUCGAGACGCCUUCGUCAACCUCGGUGUACCAGUCAGGCUUCGUACAGAUGGAGGGCCACAGUACAAGAGCCGAGAGAUCGCCAGCUUCCUGAAACGCUGGGGAGUACACCACGUCGUCUCUACUCCGUACUACCCACAGUCAAACGGGCAUGCGGAGUCGGCGGUGAAGGCUAUGAAGCAUCUCAUCUCGAAGACGACGGUAAACGGCUCCCUGGAUGACGACUUCCACCGAGGACUGCUGGAGUUCCGCAACACUCCACGAGCGGACGGACGUUCUCCAGCACAAGUGGUCUUCGGCCACCCCAUCCGGUCAUGCGUCCCUGCUCAUCGCCGCAGCUUCGCCACCGAAUGGCAAGAGCAGGCCGAAGAGUGCGACUACAGGGCGUCGCUCAAUCUCCAGCGUGCCAAGCAGACGUACGACAGCUCGGCACAUCCACUGAAGCCGCUGAAGGCUGGAGACCACGUCUGGCUUCAAGACCCGAUCAGCAGGCGAUGGGACAACCUCGGCACCAUCGUGGGCGUUGGUUACCAUCGCGACUACCUUAUCAAGACUCCAAGUGGCAGAGUCUUCUGGAGGAACAGACGGUUUCUCCGCCCAUCGCUGAAGACGCCCGACAACCCGGAGAAGAAGACGACUUCCUCGCCAUCACCGAGCGCUGGGGUGCCGGCGCGGCAACGUGUCCGGUUCCAGCUACCGCCAACCCGCCCGCUGCGCCGGCCGGAGCGCCGCGGACUGGGUCGCGCCACGGUCACGCGGCUCGUGGUGCCCGCUCAUUGGUGCGGGCACGUGGCGUGA